AUGUCGCGCGAAUCCAGUGUCCCUGGCCAGGAAUUGCGGGGCAGACCAAAUCGACGGGGGAAGCCUGCAGUUCGCAACGGGGCAAAGUUCGCCGGACAGGGGGUCGAGAUGAACACGGUGGAAGUGGGGGGUUUAUGGGAGAAGAAGAGAUGGGAAUGGAAGGAAGACAGGCUGGGGGCCAAAAGCAACAGCUCGCCAGGCAGUCAGGCAGGGUCGCUCGGGGUGUCUCCUGACGAAGAGAAGAGAGAAUCACGAACAAUAAGACCAGACGAGGACGAUGAUGAUGAUUAA